ACAAGGUGCUACAUGUAAAGAAUAUUCAGGCAUUUCAAAUUUGGCAUUGGGUAUCCCUUGUUAGAUGAAAAGGCAUUCGUGAUGAUCGGACCGCCUCCUCUACCCGCUUUCCAGAAGGGAGACUCUUUUUCUGCCUCUCGCAUAGUGAGCGCUUUCUAACCGCAGAUAAUUAUUAAGACUCUGCACGCGCUCCGGUUUCACUCCUGUGCCAAUCAACCCCCUCUACGCAUUUCGCAGUCGGCGGACAUAACCGCUUUUGGGAGGGGAAGUAACCAUUGUGAGGCGCCGAACCUCUUCGUUAAUUUCAUUAUCAUUCCGACUGAUAUAUAGUACCAAGAUUUUUGUUUUUAGUGGGUGUGGGCUUACACGCUUUGAUUUAAACGAACUGGGGAGUUUGGAUAAUCAAAUCACCUGCAAAAGGAACUACUGGCUGUUUAGAAGAAUUUCAAAAUAUUCAACACCAAACAUGAGGGCAGUUGUUAUCUGCUACGUGUUCUCCACUUGGACUUCAGUCAUCGAAGGAUUUUUUGAAAAUACUUGUCCCCAGCCAGUGCAAUUUACAAAUACCCAAUUGGUGGUACCAGGUACAAAUAUGACUCUGGAUUGUGCACCUGUAAGUGGUGAUGCAAGAGGAAAUUUAUCCACAACAAAAUGGAAGCUUAAUGGGAGACCUAUGAAAUCUAAUGUACAGAGAACAGUCGAUGGAGACAGAGUGAAUAUUUUUUCCACGAGACUUAAUGAUUCUGGGAGUUAUUCCUGCUUCAGAGAUGGCAGCCUAGUAUUCACACAGAAUAUAUCUGUUGGAGUGAUUCCAAGCACGGUCAGCAUGACAUGUUAUCAGAAGGUACCCAAUAACAAUAUCAGAUGUGAGUGGAUAUCUCAGAACAAGAUUACUCCAUUGCCGAAAUGCUGGUUAAGUGUUAAGAAAGGGAUGAUUGGAAACAUUACCCGGUACAACUGCAGUUACUCCACCGCUAAGCAGAAAUGCUUUUGUAUCCUGCCCCACAUAGAGGGCGACCAUGAUUUUUACAUGGUCAGCCUCUGUGUUUCCAAUAGUGUGGGCUCCACCUCUGACCAGUUCUCCUUUCAUGCUGACAAGAUAGUCAAGCCAGAUCCACCAAUCAAUGUGUCUGUUCAAGGAGUGAACAAAAACACCCGGCAUCUUUAUAUUCAGUGGUCAAAACCUACAAGCUGGAAGACGGUAUUCUAUCAGUUGAUUUACGAAGUUCGCUAUAAAACCAAGAUCCAGUACUCGUUUAUAGAGCACUCGCACAUCAAAGAGAGAUCUUUAAUGGUCCGCGAUGCUUUACCUGGGUUUACUUAUAUGGUACAAGUGAGAGCACGAGAUGAGUUCAAUGGCAAUUGGAGUGAAUGGAGUCAGGAGGUAUAUGGAACCACCUGGACAGAUCCAAAGAUCCUGGUUAAGACUCCCCUUCCAAGCACAGAAUACAAGAUGGAUGGCUCUGGGAUGGACGAACCUUCUGAUAAUGUGCAGGCUUCAGUUGAUACCUACGCCACACCAUCCUCUUCAAUAAGCCUUUGGAUAGUUGCCGGUAGUCUUCUAGCAACUUUAAUUACCUUCUUCCUCUUUUUAGCCAGGUUCAACAAGAAGUUGCGGGCAAAGCUGCUAAAGCUGAUUGGCUCCUCGGCCUCAACACUGAAUCCCACAAUCAGAGUAAUAACAGUAGACAAAGCCGAGUAUAGAGAGAUCGCGGUGGAAUCUCCUCCCACGUCCCCAGUGGACACACAGCCUGCUGAGGAUGCUGCUCUCAAAGUAGAAGAGGCCCUGGACAGCUCUAUUACAGAGUCUCCUGGCCCCAUUCAUGUCAUGAAUAUGGGCUACUUCCUAGUACCCCGAUGAUCAGAGCAACAAUUUCAGCUAUAUGUUCAGUUUCAUCAAUUUCAUAGACAUUACUGCAGCCUCUUGAAAAUGCAGGGAAGAAAUCUCUGAUGUUUUGGACAACAAUAAGUACUGUAUGGACGCAUUACAGUUUUUGGUUUUGAGUUUACAGAAGGUUUUUGGUUUAUUCUUUCUGGAAGUGUGUAAGAUGUCCAGGAUUAUACUUCAUGGUGUCCUCACAAAACCUUUUAUCAUCCUAGGUGUGUCCUGAAACUGUCACGAAGAUUAUGUUUUGAAAAGCUAAUACAGUUUUCUCUGAUAGUAAAGCAUGUCUGUACUUGAUGCCUGAGCAGAAAUUUCAGUUGCACAUUAAUCUUGUAACUGAAAAACAGCUGCUGCCUAUUUGUUUCAACUAAAGACACCUGGAACGAUUGUGAGUGUGGUCAUGCAGACAAUAAAACAAUGAAACUUUCCAUUAUAUACUAUCUGAAGAUAGAAAUAAGAAAAAGAGAAUUGAAACUGUAUUUCACCAUAAACAAAAAAGUCCAGAAAAACAAAACUAUGCACAAACAAACAGACUGUUGGGUACUUGGUUUAAUCAGAUAUCAAAAACCAAAACAGCUCCACCAUAACAUGGAGAAAACCUAUUGAGGAGGCUGGGUAAAUAUUUGAAAAACAGCAGCAUUCAGUGUCAAGUAUAAUGAAUCACCUGAAGCUACACCGGAUAUGAACUUCCAGGAAUGUGAGCCCUGUUAAGUGUACUUAUAAAGAUUCCUAUGCUGUGACUAAAACAAUGUACAAAAGUGACCAGGAAGAAAUUAGGCUGUUUGGUAGUUUUCAAGCCUUAUAUAUUAUUGGCUUCACCAACAGUAAUUUAAAAUGAGCUAAUGAGCUUACAUAACUAGGAUGGGAUGGCACCAUGCCAUAGUGCUGCUGUCUCACAGUGGCCAGCUUUAACAGUGUGUAAGUCAGUGUCGAGUUUUCAUGGUCUCCUACUGUCUGUGGGGGUUUUCUUAGCUUCCUUACACAUUAAUUGGUUAUUCUAAAUUGUUUGGGUGUGUGUGAGUAUGCUCUGCAUUGGAGAAUUCAUCCCAUCCAAGGUUGGUUCUUGGAUUGCAGAUGAUUCUACAGGGAUAGACUUUGGUUUUCCAAAACCAUAAAAGAGAAUUAAAAACUUUGUACUAAGUUACAUACCUGCCUCCAUAUUACAGCAGGCGCAAGUAGUGUGUUAUAAGUGCAGCUCAACCAGGAAUUUAGAGCAUAUGUGCAAAACAUGACCAUACGUAUAUACAGUAUAUCUGUUGCUAAGCGUACAUUGUAUUUGUACAGUAUAUGUUAAAACAUAUCAUGUACUGUACAUGCUGCUGUUUAACUUGUUUACUAACUGAUGGAUUUUACCAAGGGAAUAAAGUAUAUCAUCCAGAAGUGUACUUUUAUCUUUCCUGUUAUUCAGGCUCAUGACCGUAAAGUGAUUUUCUGUAAUGAUGGCAAUUUUGCUUGGACCUUAAGAGUCAUUAACAGUACAUGCAUAUCUUAUGUUUCUGCUUUUCUUUAAAGGUGUUUCUGUCCACUCAAUAGGUGGUCAUUUGCGAAGACAAUUCUUUAUAAUUGACCUUGCUUUUCUGGAUGCACUACAUAGAACAGAUCUGGCCUUAGUAUUGCCCUUUGCACAUGUGGCAUUUUUUAUGUUUCAGGAUUCUUCGCACUGUUUCUGGAAACUUUUUCCAACUAUAGUAUGUUGUUGAUCAUCUGGAUCACUGGUCAUGAGAGCUGCCUGCUGCACUAGACAAAGUCAGUCAAGCACCUUGGCACUGUGAAGGCAAACCUGUAGGUGAUUGUUUCAUUCUUAAACUGCCUUGCCCAGAUUAUUGAAUUUUUUUAAUGUGUAAUUUUUUUGCUUUUUAAAGGUUCUUUUUUUUUAUCAGUAUCGCUGCUUAUUAAAUCGAUAUAUGUUUUAAUUGGUGAGUUUUUGCCAGACUAGAGAAUUAAACAUGAAAUACAGAAGAAAGUAGUAUUAUUUGAAGUAUGAAUAUAUUAUAUAUUUUAAAUUAGGUUUUCUAGCUGAGAUGGUCUGAAAGCAGGUCUUUCCAGUGACCAAAUGUGCUUUUUGACAUACUGGAAAUAAAUACAGUAGUUUUAUAUUUCAUUGCCAACUGACCAGCUUAACACAUCCUCGCCAGGAGCACAAUGACUAAUUCUCAGAAAGAAAUCUUACAUGAGUUUAAUCAUGUUGAUUUCUAGGAUACAGAAGCCAAUCAUCAGGAAUUUAUUAACUCAAGAAAUCAUGGGGUGUUUACAGGAUAAAGUGGAACACGAGCCUACAUGGGGAUGUGUAGAGCUCAGGUCUUGUUUGCAGAAAAUUAGUCGUAGAUAUAAGGAAGAAAAACAUAUUUUUGUAUGCUUCUAAAUUAAAUUAAGAAAUACAUUGUAAUUAUAUGAUUAUAUAUUUUACCAUCUUGAGUUUGAGUUUGUAUAUGUUGUUUGUUCAACAAAUAAUAAAGCCAGUAA